UUAUAAGUGCUAUGAAGGGUAUAGAAGUGACCUGGGACUUCGCUCACAGGGUUGCGGCGCAGACGGGUUCUACCCUUUGCCUCAGUUUCUCCAUCAGCCGACCCCGCCCUCCCCCCCGCCCUGUCACUUUGCAAGGUCUGCGCAGCCGCAGGUUCUCAGUCCCGGCGUGCCCCACCCCACCCCGCCGGCGGGCACCCUCUUCCCGGCAGGCCCCGGGAGCCCCGCUGUAUGCCGGGAAUUGUGGUCUUGGCGGAGGCGGUGCGGCGCCACGGCGCGUGGCAGGAAGCGGAAGCGGCCUGCGACCCGCCCCCGGCCCCGCCCCGCGCCGCGCCGCGCCGCUCGCCGCGGUGCUAGCACUGACGUGUCUCUCGGCGAAGGUGCUGCGCUCCGUAGCGGGCUGGGCCGCGGGCAGUGUCACCUCACUCGGAGCGGAGCGGAGCAGAAGCGGGACCCGGAGCCUGAACAGCCGCCGCCAUGGCGAUCAAAUUUCUGGAAGUCAUCAAGCCCUUCUGUGUCAUCCUGCCGGAAAUUCAGAAGCCGGAGAGGAAGAUUCAGUUUAAGGAGAAAGUGCUGUGGACCGCAAUCACCCUCUUUAUCUUCUUAGUAUGCUGCCAGAUUCCCCUGUUCGGAAUCAUGUCUUCAGAUUCAGCUGACCCUUUCUAUUGGAUGAGAGUGAUUCUGGCCUCUAACAGAGGCACAUUGAUGGAGCUGGGUAUCUCUCCCAUUGUCACCUCCGGCCUCAUCAUGCAGCUCUUGGCUGGUGCCAAAAUAAUUGAAGUCGGUGACACCCCAAAAGACCGAGCUCUCUUCAAUGGAGCCCAAAAGUUAUUCGGCAUGAUCAUUACUAUCGGCCAGUCCAUCGUGUAUGUGAUGACAGGAAUGUACGGAGACCCUUCUGAGAUGGGUGCUGGAAUCUGCCUGUUAAUCACCAUCCAGCUCUUUGUUGCUGGCUUAAUUGUCUUACUUUUGGAUGAACUUCUGCAAAAAGGGUACGGCCUGGGCUCCGGGAUUUCCCUCUUCAUUGCCACUAACAUCUGCGAGACCAUUGUGUGGAAGGCGUUCAGCCCCACCACUGUGAACACCGGCCGAGGAAUGGAAUUCGAAGGUGCCAUCAUCGCACUGUUCCAUCUGCUGGCCACACGCACUGACAAGGUCCGAGCCCUUCGAGAGGCCUUCUACCGCCAGAAUCUCCCCAACCUCAUGAAUCUGAUCGCCACCAUCUUUGUCUUCGCAGUGGUGAUCUACUUCCAGGGCUUCCGCGUGGACCUGCCCAUCAAGUCGGCCCGGUACCGAGGCCAGUACAACACGUACCCUAUCAAGCUCUUCUACACCUCCAACAUCCCCAUCAUCCUGCAGUCCGCCCUGGUGUCCAACCUGUACGUCAUCUCCCAGAUGCUGUCCGCCCGCUUCAGUGGCAACCUGCUGGUCAGCCUCCUGGGCACUUGGUCUGAUACUUCUUCCGGGGGUCCCGCACGUGCUUAUCCGGUUGGUGGCCUGUGCUAUUACCUGUCCCCUCCAGAGUCUUUCGGCUCCGUGCUAGAAGACCCCGUCCAUGCCGUGGUGUACAUAGUGUUCAUGCUCGGCUCGUGUGCGUUCUUCUCCAAAACUUGGAUUGAGGUCUCGGGCUCCUCCGCCAAAGAUGUUGCAAAGCAGCUAAAGGAGCAGCAGAUGGUGAUGAGGGGCCACCGAGAGACUUCCAUGGUCCAUGAGCUCAAUCGGUACAUCCCCACUGCCGCAGCCUUCGGCGGGCUGUGCAUCGGGGCCCUCUCCGUCCUGGCCGACUUCCUGGGCGCCAUCGGGUCGGGAACCGGGAUCUUGCUCGCGGUCACGAUCAUCUACCAGUACUUUGAAAUCUUCGUGAAGGAGCAGAGCGAGGUCGGCAGCAUGGGGGCCCUUCUGUUCUGAGCCCUGUCUCCCCGGACCAGGGAGAGGGGCCGUGCACGGAAUUGUGGGGGAAGGGAACAGCGAGACCUCACCGUGGGGUGCUCAUACAGGGAGUGCUGCUACGGCACCAGGACUUUUGUUUAAUAAUGGUUUUGAAUUUCAUAUUCUUUCAUUCCACUUUGUAAAGUGCUAGAAUUUUUCCAGUUUGAAAUUUUGCUUUUUAUUCUGGCAUUGGCAGAAAGAACGGUAGAACUGAGGUUUUAUUGAGCUGACUGCCAGAGGUGGGGGUGGUAAGUGACCGUCCCCAAGUGUCCAUGUAACUUUUGUUGUAACCUUUGCACCUGCUCAGUGCCGUAGGCGGCUGCAGUGGUCUGAGCUGUUCCCCCACCAAGGGAAUGUCCUGUUGGUUAGAAGCACAAACCCUGUGGCAGUGUCUACGUCGUGGCCACAGGGCACGAGGCUGAGAGCAAAUCAUGUUUUCUGGAGGACUCACUAGUGAGUCCCUUUCACAAUCAGGGGUGGGAAUAUCUGGCUUAAAACUGUUUUUCUGGAAGACACAAUUGUCUUCCUUUUUUAUAAGUAGUUUUUUAGGACCAAGCUUCUUCCAAAAGAAAGGGAUGGAUUUUCCAGAAGACGCUCUUGGGCCGUCUGUUAAUUUUUCUGCAUGUGCCUGUUGGCUCUUCUCAUUGACUGUUCUAGUCGGGCUUUGAGGCUGAAAAGCACAGAGUCGGCUUGGCUCCACCAUGUCUGUCUGUAGUCGGUUUGUGUCCCCUGAUCGAGCGGGGCCAGGAGUCACCAGCUUUUAUGGCGUUGUGGCUGACCCAAGCCAGGUGGACGUUGCAUAGAGGUCCCUUGGAGUGAUGUGUGUCUGUCCAGUCCUUCUGGUUGUCGCCGGACGGGCCUCCCGCUCACCCCUAGGGAGACGCACACAGACGUGGAAAGGCAGCAGCUUGGCUGUCGCAGCACCGCUGCCUUCCAGGCUGAGGACUUCCUAUCAUGUUUUUAGCACUUUUUUUAUUGUGCCUGGGACCAAAUGCAUGUAAAGUAAGUAACUAGAUGCCACCCGUCUCCUGUCGACUUCCAUCAGGACCACCCAGCAGAGAGGAGGACUCGGGCCUCAGAUCCAUGAUGAGAUCCGGGUCAGAGGGCUUCGGGUUUUUUGGUGUUUGGGUUUGUUUUGUUUUGUUUUUUUGUAAGUGGCUCCAGUGUGUUUGGAAUGAAAAGACUCACAAUUAUGUCUAAAUUAAGUUCUGUUUGCAGUAACAGAGGACCUAGAUUUUAGGAAUUGGAACCUUUUCUGAGGCCUUUAGGAAGGCUCCUCAGGGGACAGGCUGUGCUUGGCAGCAGGGACAGUAGAGUCAGGCACCGCAACCCUGAGGGGUUCUCACCGGAAGAAGCCCCGGUUCUAAAAAGGGAGCACCUGGGGCCCUGCGGAAGGAGACGCCCCACCAGCAGCAGGCACACAGAGGCCUUCGAAGCACAGAGCCAUGGUCACGACUCAGCAGAGGUGACAGGGCCGGCGCCCGUCUGAGUCGGAGUCCUAGGAGACCUCACUAGCAGCGCUAACCAGGAAACAAACCAACCGAGGGACAAAAAGCGACUUGCCUAAAGCCACCCGGCAAGCCAGCGGCAGAACCAGGAUGGGCCCGGCAGGUCUGUCGACCCCCAGUCCAGGGCAUACCACCAUAUCACACGUGGCCUUGUCAGACCCAGUCCUGAGCAGAGACUCAAUGCCUCCCUGAGACGCACAGUCUGUGCGAGCCCGUGCGUGGCAACGCCGGGAGCGCCCGCCUCGUGGGUGGGGCCCCGCGGGGCUCGUACUCUGUGGUCCAUGAUCAUGGUGGGUGGGGGCCGACCCCAGCUUCCAGGGGACUGUCACUGUGGACGCCGUAAUGGCAUAACUGAGUUAAGGUGAAUAAGUGACAAAUAAAGCCAACUUUUUACAA